CGGGCCAGGGGAGGGCGCGGCCAUGGCGCAGGCACGGGUGCUGCCGCAGAGCAAGGAGACCCUGCUGCAGUCCUACAACAAGCGCCUCAAGGACGAUGUCAAGUCCAUCAUGGAUAACUUCACCGAGAUCAUCAAGACGGCCAAGAUCGAGGAUGAAACUCAAGUCUCUCGAGCAACUCAGGGUGAACAAGAUAACUACGAGAUGCAUGUCAGAGCUGCAAAUAUUGUCCGAGCUGGUGAGUCCCUAAUGAAACUUGUGUCCGACCUGAAGCAGUUCUUGAUCCUCAAUGAUUUCCCCUCUGUGAACGAGGCCAUCAACCAGCGCAACCAGCAGCUGAGGAGCCUGCAGGAGGAGUGCGACAAGAAGCUGAUUGCACUGCGGGAUGAGAUCUCCAUUGACCUGUACGAGCUAGAAGAAGAAUAUUACUCUUCCAGCUACAGUCUGUGUGACAGCAAUGACCUCCCACUGUGCGAAGCCUACUGGAGACAAGACUUUUCCUCGCUGUCCCCGGAGAGCCUCUCGAUGCCUCUGGCAGCUGCCGCAGCGGAGCAGAGCGUUGCCACCUCGCAGAGUUCCACCCCGUCGCACCCCCACCUGAACGGGCACGGGGCGGGCCCCGCCGAGCACUCCUGAAGAGGAUCCGCUGCUGCCGGGAGCGGCUCGUCCCGGGAUGGCCCCGCCGCGGUUCAUCCCGGGAUGGUCCUGCCUGGGAUGGCCCUACUGCUGUUCAUCCCAGGAUAGCCCUGCCGCGCUUUAUCCCGGGAUGUUCCUGCCGCGGUUCGUCCUGGGGUGGCCCUGCCGCGCUUUAUCCCGGGAUGGUCCUGCCGCGAUUCAUCCUGGGGUGGCCCUGCUGCGGUUCAUCCCAGGAUGGUCCUGCCCGGGAUGGCCCCACCGUGGUUCAUCCCGGGAUGGUCCUGCCUGGGAUGGCCCUGCUGUGCUUUAUCCUGGGAUAGCCCUGCUGCGGUUCAUCCCGGGAUGGUCCUGCCUGGGAUGGCCCUGCCGUGCUUUAUCCUGGGAUAGCCCUGCUGCGGUUCAUCCCGGGAUGGUCCUGCCUGGGAUGGCCCUGCCGUGCUUUAUCCUGGGAUAGCCCUGCUGCGGUUCAUCCCGGGAUGGUCCUGCCUGGGAUGGCCCUGCCGUGCUUUAUCCUGGGAUAGCCCUGCUGCGGUUCAUCCUGGGAUGGUCCUGCCGCAUUUUAUCCCGGGUUAGCCCUGCUGUGGUUCAUCCUGGGAUGAUCCUGCCGCGGUUCAUCCCGGGAUGGUCCUGCCACAGUUCAUCCCGGGAUGGCCGUGCCGCGCUUUAUCCCAGGAUGAUCCUGCCGCAUUUUAUCCCAGGAUGGCGCUGCCACGCUUUAUCCGGGGAUGGUCCUGCCACGGUUCAUCCCGGAAUGGUCCUGCCACGGUUCAUCCCGGGAUGGUCCUGCCGCGGUUCAUCCCGGGAUGGUCCUGCUGCAGUUCAUCCCGGGAUGGCCGUGCCGCGCUUUAUCCCAGGAUGAUCCUGCCGCAUUUUAUCCUGGGAUGGCGCUGCCACGCUUUAUGCGGGGAUGGUCCUGCCACGGUUCAUCCCGGAAUGGUCCUGCCGCGGUUCAUCCCGGGAUGGCCCUGCCACGGCACCGCGCUGCUGGAAGUCUUCCUCCUGCUGUGCUGAGCAAGCCGCUCCUGCUGUCGGGAGGAGGCACUGGAGCUGUGCUGGCAGGGUUCUGCUCCCUGCGCGGCUGCAGCGCUUCCUCCACGCCAGGGCCUUGCCAGGAGCGCUCCUGUCCCUUAAGAGAUAGAGAUGUGUAGACACAAAGUGAUUCUCGUUAUCAACGAAUUAGAGUCAGGUUCGCUUUAACGUGAUAGUUACGUGUAGAGUUCUUUAGGAGUCCAGUUUGUUUCCAUGUGAGUGUUGGGAGUUGAAUUUCUUUGGGAUAAACUUGAGCCAAAUGUGGGGGCAGUGAGCGUGUUGGGUUUUCACUCUGCUUCCCAGGGUUAUUGACAUUCUGGCUGCUUUAAAGCUCUCUCAGGAUGGCAUCUGACAACCUCUGGUCUACUGUAAAGAGUCUUACAGGAUUUUUACACAUCAGUCUUCAUUGUCAAAAUGCUUUACAAACUUGAACUCGUGAUUUGGAAGGAGAAUCCCAGGAGACCCUUAUGGAAGAGCAUUGUUCCCCCCUUGGAAGAGGAACAUGCAGACAGGGAUCAGACUGAGGGAUCGAUGAUGGCACUUGCUCAAAGCCACAAAGAGAAGCAGUGUCAUGCUUUAAUCAGUCCAUUCCUUCCUCAGUGUUUACACAAAAAUUCCUCUUAAUAUAGUCUAAGCUAACAUGGAGCCACUAUUUAUGUCGGCUUUUAGUUUUGUCUAAUGAAAAAAUCUUGAGAGCAGUGAGGGAUACUCGGUUACUCUCAGUUUCCUUCCAAAGAAACACAUUCGGUGCUUGGUCUGCAGCUGUUCAGCAGCUCAGCACAUCUCCUGUGCUUUCCUUUCGUGGUGGCUCUGCCUUGGCUCGAGCUGUGCAGCUGAAGGGGAGAUGCCACUGCACUGAACACUGUCACCACAGCUCGGUGUCAGGGGCACCACAGAGCCACCAGUGCAUUCCAACAACUGAGCUGAGCUUCCCCAGCUUUCUGCUGUAAUGUCUCACUUCUUAGGAUGUGAAUUUUGCUAUUUUUUUUUCUUCCAUUCCAUUUAUUUUUGUAAUUAGGCGAUUUAAUAAAACUGACUGUUUUGUAUAAUUUUU